GCCAAAAUAUUGAUAAAAUCGAUAAAAAUGAUGAAAAUCUAAUCAAUGUUGAUGAUGAUGACGGAAAUAUUAAAAUGGAUUAUCAUUUUAAUCCAUUAUAUGUGAUUAGUGAUAGAAAUUCUUGUCAGCAACAACAACAACAACAAGAUCAGGAAUCAUUAUCAAUAAGAAAUAAUGAUGAUCGACCAAUUUAUUUAUCAUCAACAUCAUCAACAACAUUUGGUCAGGAAUUUUUUCAAUCACCACCAUUACCACCAAAUGAUCAAUAUGGUUUGAUUUAUAUUUCAUUAGUUAUGGCCGGUAUUGGUUUUCUUCUUCCAUACAAUAGUUUUAUGAUUGCUGUUGAUUAUUUUCAACAAAGAUUUCCGGAUACGACAAUAAUUUUCGAUAUGUCAGCAACAUAUAUUGUAAUAACAUUUUUCACUGUGAUUAUACAGAAUUUAUUUGUUGAAAUUAUACCAUUUCGUUGGCGUUUAAAUUUUGGUUAUCUUAUUUCAUUAUUAUUUAUGAUGUUUGCUGUGAUUUGGGAAAUUUGGUUACGUUUAGGUACAUAUUUAGAUAAUUUAAUUAUUAUUAGUAUAAUUGCUGUUGGUUGUUCAAUACAACAAUCAACAUUUUAUGGUUAUACAUCGAUGUUACCGAAAAGAUAUGUACAAGCUGUGAUGACUGGUGAAUCGGCUGCUGGUGUUUUUGUUUCAUUCAAUCGUAUUAUAACCAAAAUACUUUAUCCAACUGAACCAGAAUUCAAUACGAUAUUAUUUUUUUCAAUAUCAAUCAUUGUGAUUAGUAUUUGUGCCAUUAUACAUGUUGUUAUAUUACCACGUAGUGAUUUUAUUCGUUAUUAUUUAUUUAUUUGUUAUGGUAACCAAAACAAUGUUGAUAAUAAUCAUCAAAAUGGUCGUUUAAAAUUUGAUGAUGCAAAAAUAAUUAAUCAAAUUAAUGAAAAUGUUAAUCUUGUUAAUAUGUAUCAUCGAAAAGAAUCAGAAGCAAUAAUGAAUUUAUCAAUAAAUUCGGAUUCGAAUCUUAUUAAUCAACAAUCACAAAUUCGACCAUCGAUACUAUCGAUUGAUUCACAGCAACAAUCGACAACCGGAACAAAUUCGAAACCAAUUUUAUUAUCAAAUAAUAAUCGUCAAAUAAAUUUACAAACUAAAGUACAAAAUAUACUACGUACUGAUUCAACUGAAUUUGUUUUUGUUGUUUUUGAAUUUAGUUUAAUUUUUCUUUCUUUUGUUUUUUUUCGCAGUGAUAAAAAUCUACGAAAAUUAUUUACAACAUUAUAUCAUAAAUAUCAAAUACGUCGUGAUAUAAUCAAACAAAUAUGGCCAUUUAUUUUCACUAUAAUAAUUGUCUAUUCAGUUACAUUAACAAUAUUCCCUGGUAUUGAAUCGGAAAUUUAUUCAUGUCGUUAUGGUGAUUGGUUCCCGAUCAUAUUAAUGGCUAUAUUUAAUUUGACCGAUUUUUUUGGCAAAUUAAUAUCGACAUUAUUUUUUCGUAUUAAUCCAAAAUAUUUACUAUUAUUUGCUUCGAUUCGUUUCAUAUUAAUACCAUUAUUUGCAUGGUCAAUAAUGCCACGUUCUGAACCAUUUUUUUCCAAUACAUUUUGGCCAAUUUUAUUUUCAAUACUUUUAGGUACAACAAACGGUAUAUUUGGUUCAUUACCAAUGAUAUUGGCACCAUUUAAAGUUAGUGAACAAUGGCGUGAAAUAACUGGAAAUUUAAUGACAUUUUCAUAUGUAAUUGGUUUAACGGCCGGUUCAUUUGCUUCUUAUUCACUUAAUAAUUGGACAUUGUCAUCAUCAUCAACGUCAAUGUCAAAUCAUAUUCAACAUUAUUGUCCAUCCGAAUCGAUAAUAACAUCGGAUACAAUCGAAACAACCACAACCGCCAAUUUAGUACCUUUAACAAAUAUUUUAUUCAACAAUAAUACUUUAGUAUCAUCAUCAUUAUCAACAACAACAAUUUCAACGCCAAUCAAUUUGACAACAACAACAACAAUGAUGAUGAUCAAUUCUAUAACCAGCACCUUAAAUUUAGCCACAACAACAACAACAACACCAGCAAUGACAACAACAACUAUUUCAUCGAUGAUUAUAGAUCCAUCCAUUUGAUCUAUCUAUUGAUUCAUUUUUUAUUUAUUUAUUUGUUUUCAUUGCUUUUUUUUUUGUUUGGUGAGAGGGAAAACUGUAAUUUCAAACAACG